UUUACUUUUUAUAACCCAUUUUGUAAUAUGAAUGUUAUAAAUAAAUUUGUAAACCCUUUGAAAAUAUUAUCUAAUUCGGCAUGGAGACUAAACCGGAGUUACAGUUCAGCGUCAAACGAAGAGGUCGUGUUUGAAAAACUAGGUGAUAAUAGACAAGGAGUAGUUGUUGUUGGUUUGAACAGAGCGGCAGCAAAAAAUGCUUUUGGACAAAAUCUAACACGUAGGCUAUCAAAUAUUAUAUCAGAUUUGCAGCAUAAUAAAGAGGUUAAAGUGGUCAUAUUGAGAAGUUUAGUUCCUGGAAUAUUUUGUGCUGGAGCAGAUUUAAAAGAAAGAAAAAAACAAACACCCGAUGAAGUUGUAAAGUUUGUAAGUCUUUUGAAAUCUACCCUAAUAGGAAUAGAACAAUUACCAAUGCCAGUAAUAGCUGCUGUAGAUGGUCCAGCUUUGGGUGGUGGUCUUGAAAUGGCGUUAGCUUGUGAUAUUCGUAUUGCGUCUAAUGAUGCGAAAUUGGGUUUAGUUGAAACAAGACUUGCGAUAAUACCUGGUGCUGGAGGAACUCAGAGACUUCCAAGAAUUGUUGGUCCCUCUAUAGCUAAAGAGCUUAUUUUUACUUCUCGCGUUAUGAAUGGAAAAGAAGCCAAAGAGUUAGGUGUAGUUAAUCACGUAGUUGAUCAAAAUGGUACCAAAGACGCAGCGUUUCAAAAAGCGUUGCAAAUUGCUGAUGAAAUUGUACCCAAUGGUCCUGUUGGUGUGCGAAUGGCUAAAAAAGCAAUAGAUAAAGGUUUACAAAUUGAUUUAGCUGUGGGAUAUGCAAUUGAAGAAGCAUGUUAUGCUCAAGUUAUGGUGACCAAGGAUCGUUUGGAAGGAUUGCAAGCGUUUGCUGAAAAACGAAAACCGAUUUAUAAAGGGGAAUAAAAAAUAGCAAAACAAAAAGAAAAAAAUAUCUCCGAUCAUGUAACUUUAGAAUUUUUAUACUAUUAUUUGUACUGAAAACUGUAACUGAUGCAUUUAAAAACAGAAGUGACCUUGUAUAUAAAAAGCCGUUUUGAAAUACAUAAAUUUUAAAAUAUGUAUG